AUGCUUUACUUAACACCACAAAUUAAUUGUCCAGGUCUUGGAACGUGGCAGUCAGAGCCCAAAGAGGUCUAUACAGCUGUAUUGACAGCAUUAAAAGCUGGCUAUCGUCACAUUGAUACUGCCUUUGUUUAUCGCAACGAAAAGGCUGUUGGUCAGGCCAUCAAGGAUAGUGGUAUCCCACGUGAACAACUUUUUGUUACGACCAAGCUAUGGAACACGGCUCACCGACCCGAGCAUGUUGAAGACGCAUUGAAACGCUCGCUCGAUAAUUUGCAAAUGGAUUACCUUGAUCUUUACCUUAUGCACUGGCCCAAUGCCUUCCAGCCAUCGCCACGUUACUUUCCUCGGGACAAGGAACAUCGUAUUGUCCACGAUGAUACCGAUUAUUGCGAUACGUACGCUGCAAUGGAAAAGUUGGUGGGGUCGCGUGUGCGUGCCAUUGGUGUCAGCAACUUUACGCAAGAUAAGCUUGAACGACUGCUCCAACGAGCCAAGAUUGUUCCUGCAGUCCACCAAGUAGAAUUACAUCCCUAUUUCCCACAAUACGAAUUGGUGGAUUUCUGCAACAAGCAUGGUAUCCAUGUUACUGCUUACUCGCCAUUGGGAAGCACAUCAUCGCCUAUCAUGGAAGAUCCCAAGCUGUUGGCCAUUGCCCAAAAGCACAAGGCCACGCCUGCCCAAAUUUUACUCGCAUGGGGUAUCCAGCGUGGCACAUCUGUUAUCCCAAAGAGUGUUACUCCUUCACGCAUUGAGCAAAACUUUCAACAAGUUGUAUUGGAUAAUGACGACAUGAAGACUAUUCAUGGGCUCACCAGCAAUCCUAAACGUCUUUUGGAUCCCUCUCAUAUUUGGGGUGUCGAUAUUUUCAAUGAGCAACCCCACAUUAACAAGUCCAAACUGUAA